AUGAUGAUUCCAUUGGACCCGCCUAAGGCAUUCUACGACCUCUUCGAGCCAUUCCCUUCUAUCCCAUCUCCUAUUCCAUCAACCCCCUCCAAACUUGGCACAAUCCCUCGAGGUCUCUUUUCCCCCACGACUUCACAGUUGUUGUUCCAUAUCGGUCCACCUAUUACACCUACAAAUCCCCUUCCCAAACGACCAGUCACAAGUAAACGAGCUGCCAGGAAACCAGUUGAAGAAUGUCAAAGAAGUCAUACUCCUUCGUCUAGCGUCCUCGUCGACUCCUCGUCUAAUAGACCUACAGAACAGAAAGACUUGAAGAAGAACUUACGAGAAGAUCCGUGGGCACCUAGAAAGAUGGCUGAGGUGGAGAAAGAAGUUGUAGACAUUGAAGAUACUAUUCGAGAGGUAUUGGACAUUUCUCUGACUGACCGAUCAGGAUCGACCUUACGAGUCCAGGCUACCUCGCACAACUUACAGAUCACCAGAUCCCUAUCCAAAUUAUGUACAUUCGCACCUUCACCUCUAUUCCACACCGCUCUGAGAGAAAUCGCUUUGGACGUAGGUAUGAAAGAUCAUUAUCCAUGGUAUAACUACACCAUUAGCUUGAACGAUGUCUUCACCAAAGCUCUCGACAUGCUCUUGAAGUCUUAUGAUGAUGGUCACCAUGUCUCGAGGAACUACCAUCGAAAUAUGAAUGAUCAGGAACUCAUGGUGAAGUAUACUCCACCUGAUAUACUUUGGGUUUUAGUACAAACUGCAGAUCAACCCAUUUUAGAUAGCCUUUAUCGAACAAUCAAAAAGGGGUUAGAUAGAGCUAGUAACACGGAAAGGGGUAUAGUUUUGAUACUUUUGUUGAAGAAGGUACAAGAAACUAGAUGGAGGAAAUUUAAAGGUUGGAAAUCUUUUGCUGAAUCUCUAGGAUUGAUGUACGCUCAGAAUGGAUGUGUGAUAGAUGAUGGUAUGGGUAUACCCAAGGUUAGUGCGGAUGAUGUCAGAUUGGUCAUCGGGGUGGGAGGGUAUAGGAAGAGGCGAAGAGAGGAUGAUGACUUGGAAAUGGACGAGGAGAGAAGUAGGAAUAAAAGGAAAAAGUUAGGAAGUCAAUGGAAUGCAGUCUCUUUCGGGAUAUGA